AUGGGGAGUAAGCAGGAGGAGCUGGAGAUCUGUGUUAGGAUGAAUGACUGUGAUAUAAUUGCCAUCACUGAAACAUGGUGGGACAGCUCCCACGACUGGGAUGUUGUCAUGGAUGGCUCUGUAGUGGAGGAGCCAACAAGGAGAGGUGCACUGCUGCAUCUUGUAUUAACUAAUGAAGAGGGACUGGUUGAGGACAUUAAGCUCGGGAACAGCCUUGGGGACAGUGAUCAUGACAUGGUGGAGUUUAGUAUUCUAAAGGGUAGAAUCAGUGCAACAAGUAGAAUUGCAACCCUGGACUUCUGCAGAGCUAACUUUGUGCUCUUCAGGGACAUGCUUGCAGAAAUCCCAUGGGCUAAGGCUCUGGAGGGUAAAGGAGCCCAAGAAAGUUGGCUAAUUUUUGAAGAUCAUUUCCUCCAAGCCCAAGCCAGGUGUGUUCCCCUGAGUGAAAAAUCAGGUAGACCUGCUAGGAGACCUGCAUGGCUGAGCAAGGAACUCCUGAAGGAAAUCUCAGGGAAGAAGGAAUCUUACAAUUCAUGGAAGAAGGGAUUGGUCACUUGGGAGAACUAUAGAGGAGUAGUCAGGGUUUGUAGAAAAGCAACAAGGAAGGCCAAAGCCCUCUUGGAACAGAAGCUGGCAAAGUAAGUAAAACAGAACAAGAAGGACUUCUUCAAAUACAUCAGCAGAAAAAGGAAGCACAGGGAAGGUGUGGGGGCACUGCUGAACGAGGAGGCAGCCUUGAUAACUGAGAAUGCAGAGAAGGCAGAGUUGCUGAAUGCCUUCUUUGCUUCAGUCUUUACACCUAAGGCUGAACUCCCCUAUGUACUCUAGACCCUGGAUGAAGGAGAAGAAGCCAGGAGGAGGGAAUGCUCCCCACUGAUCAGUGCAGACUGUGUUAGGGAACACUUACACAAAUUGAACAUUAACAAGUCCAUGUGCCCUGAUGAGAUGCACCCAAGGGUGCUGAGAGAACUGGCUGGUAUUAUUGCUCUGCCACUCUCCAUCAUCUUUGCCAAAUCGUGGCAGACAGGAGAGGUGCCUGAGGACUGGAGGAGAGCCAAUGGCACUCCAGUCUUCAAAAAGGGCAAGAAAGAGGUUCCAGGAAACUAUAGACCAGUCAGCCUCACCUCCAUCCCUGGAAAAAUGAUGAAGCAGCUCCUGUUGGAGGGCAUCUCAAGGCACUUGGAAGAGAAGACGGAUAUCAGGAGUAGUCAGCAUGGAUUUACCAAGGGGAAGUCAUGCUUGACUAACUUGAUAGCAUUCUAUGAUGCCAUAACUGUUAAGGUAGAUUCAGGGAAACCAGUGGAUGUAGUCUACCUUGACCUUAGCAAGGCCUUUGACACCAUCCCCCAUGACAUUUUAGUGAGCAAGAUGAGGAAGUGUGGGAUGGAAGAGCACACAGUGAGGUGGGUUAGGAUGUUGCAAGACAGAGUUCAAAGGGUGGUGAUCAAUGGUGCCAGGUCCAGCUGGGGAGCUGUGACUAGUGGUGUCCCCCAGGGAUCAGUGCUGGGGCCAGUCCUGUUCAACAUCUUCAUCAAUGACAUUGAGGAUGGCACAGAAUGUCUGCUCAGCAAGUUUGCUGAUGACACCAAGCUGGGAGGCUUGGCUGAUCCAGCUGAAGGAUGUGUGGCCAUGCAGAGAGACCUGGACACUGAGAGCUGGGCACAGAGGAACCAGAUGAAGUACAACAAGGACAAGUGCAGAGUCCUGCAUCUGGGGAGGAAUAACAAACUGCACCAGUACAGGCUGGGAGGUGAUCUGCUGGAAAUCAGCCCUGUGGAGCGGGACCUGGGAGCGCUGGUGGCAAACAAGUUACCCAUGGCACAGCAAUGUGCCCUUGUGGCCAAGAAGGCCAAUGGCAUCCUGGGGUGCAUUAGGAAGAGUGUGUCCAGUAGAUCAAGGGAGGUUCUCCUCCCCCUCUACACUGCCCUG